AAAUGUUUCCAAGUUGUUUUAGAUAAGUAUUCUUAUCAUGUUACAUUUCUCUUUUCUCUAUUAUCGAAUUAGAUUUUUCCUUGCGUUUGUAACUACAGAGAAGCAUUAUAUGCAGCUGUAUUAUGAAUACGCAAGUUAGAUGUAGUUCUCGCCAGAUGUCGGAUCAAACGCUGAAAAGGAGUUCCCAUGACAACUAGCUGGCAGGCGUCGCUGGUAAACGUCAAACAUAGUGAUUACGUAGAAAUAGUGGGGUUAUAUUUAGUGGUAAUAAACAAUUAUCGCGAAAAAUGGGUCGUACUGAUUGGGAUCGUAUAUUAUCAGCGGAUCCAUCGUCACUAACCGACGAUGACAUGGAGGAUCUUUAUCCUGCUGUGAUCAGUUGCGACGUUGACGAUAUUAGUGAUAUACAUAACCUACGAACUUUGAUGAAACUAUCUCAAGAAAUACUGCAAUACAAAGACAAUCAAGUAGAGUCACUACUUUUAGAAUGCGGCGAAUUAAAACAAACCAUUUCUUCCUUAAAACCUGAACCUGCUAAGCGUAAAAAGAAAGAAUGGGGUACUUCCGAUUCAAAACAUGAAACCACCGAUGUAUCUAAACACGUAGAUGUAUCUGAAGGCACCGAUUAUGACGAUGCUUUGCAAGGCAAAAAUAAAAAGAUUAAAAUUCUUAUGACAGAAUUAGAGACUUUUGAAAGGGACAAUUUAGUUUUAAAAGGACGGUUAACCACUUUAACUCAAGAAAUGGAAGAUGCAACGUAUAAAAUGAAUGAAAUGACCGAAGAACUAAGUUCUGCACAGAUCAAAUCUAUAGAAUAUAAAGAAAAAAUAUUUAACUUAGAACGAGAAAACGCAGCAUUAGUGACACAGGUUGAGGAAGUAACAGCUCAGCAGUUAGAUAGAGAUAAAGCAAUAGAUGAAUUUAGUACACAAAUUGAUGCUAGAAUCAAUGAAUGGAAGGCAAUAUUAGAUGAAAAAGACGAUGAAAUUCUGCGAUUAAGAGAACAUUUGUCUCAGUCUUUCAUGCAAUCCGUGGCCUCUGUCAAAGAGCAAAAUAAAUCCGAAAUCGUCCACUUGAACGAGCAGAUAGAUCAUCGUGAUAAAAUUAUACUCGAGUUAAAAACAAAAUUAUCUGAAGCCACCGUUGAAAUCAACGAAAGUGCAACUCUCAUAGAAAAGUUAAAAACAGAUGCUCAAAAGAUAAAAAAGAUCGACAAAAAGAAGGAGCAGAAGGAUUUGUUAAAAAAAUUACAGGAUGCGAACGAACAGAUAUCUAAUUUGCAAAUUAAAUUAAACGAAGCGGAGGAAGAUGCGGAGUCAAAAAGUGGCAAAUUGUGCGAAGUAUUAGGAACGUUGAGGAAAUAUGAGGACGAGAAUCAAGCUUUAACAGACGCACUGAACGAAAUAAAAAAUCUAAAAAGUGAACUGGAGAGCAAGAGUGGGCGUAUAACAGAUUUAAUUAAUGUGGUGAACAAAUUAGAGAUGUUAAACUCGUAUCAGGAAAUGGAAAUUAUAACCCUUAGAGAAAAAUUAGGUAUACCAGAAGACGAAUCGGUUUCCAUUGAACACGCUUUAGCAAAACGUAGAGAGCAGGAAAAGAAAUUGACGGAACUUCUGCAUCAAAAUAAAUUGCUCGUCGAGGAAAAUUUAGAAUUAAAUUCAGACAUAAGGGUGUUAAAAUAUAAAUUAUGUAAAAAGUCAUCGAAAGAAUUAGAUGUUUCGGAUGCUACUGUAAAUGAUACUGGCGAAUUUUUCCAUUCGACCAAACUGGCGGAAUCUACACCUAUGUGGCAUUCGAAAUUAAAUGUUUCUGAGCUGCAAGAAAAUGUCCAGUUAGUUAUAGAGGAGAACGAAGCCCUUAGAACAGGGAUGCAUGAAAUUUUGGACAGUAUCCGAAACCAAGACGGAAAAAGUAGUGUGGAGAUACAGUCUAAUACUUUAGAAAGGUUGUUAGAGGCGUUAGAUGUGAGACAUUUAGCAGGCUGGUAUCAUCCUGCGAUGAGGUUGCAGGAGAAUUUGAAUGUUGUGCAGGGCAGCAAUGCUGAAUUGAGAGGCCAAGUUAAACAAUUGAGAAAAGAACUGCAAAGAAAGGAUAACAUGCUGCGCAAGUUGGUUUUGAAUGUACAUGGCGAUAUCGAUAAAGUGUACACCGAAGACUCAGACAGCGAAAAAAUAACUACGUAUCUUACCGAAAUGAAGAGAUUACAAGAAGCCUAUAAAAACGAGACAGAAGAAUGGGAGAAACAAAAGACCUCCUUAACAGAACAAAACGAUGAGCUUAAAAACGAAAUUGAAAAGUUGAAACAUAAGCUCGAUGUUUACGAGCAGAGUGCGAAGAUAUUGGAAGGUGGCGAAGAUGAGAUUCGAAAAGCUUUCGUGAUUAAGACCAAAGAAUAUGCAGAAGCUUCCAGCGAAGUUUUAAUUGCAAACAGGAAGAACUUUGCUCUUCAAAAAUUGUUGAAUAAGGAAACAACGAAAGCUUACCAGACCCAAAAAGAAGCAAUUAGAAAUGAAAAUUAUUUAAACAAAGCAUUGGCUGACUUUACCAAACACAACAAAAUCCUCGAACGCGAGUUAUCGAUAUUGCAGAGCAACUUAUUCAAUUCUGUUAGUUCAGCCAUUUACAAUGAAUUAAGAGAGAAACACGAAGAAUUAAGCAUACGUUUUCGUAAUAUGAUGGAAAAUAAUUUAGUAUUAGGAAAUGACAAUGAGAUGGAAAUAUUAAAGAAAGAAUUGGAAUUGAUAACUCAAGAAAAAGAUCAAGUUGUAGAGUAUUUGCAAAAAGAAAUUCAUAGCAAAAGCGAUCAGGAUUUAAAUUUGACGGAAAAAUUGAGAGAAGCUGAGGCUGGAGAACUUUUAGAAAAGCAACGAGCUGAUCACGUGACUAGUCUGCAUGAAAUUUUACAGACUCAAUUGUCAAAAUGCGAGGGAAAUCUUAAAGAAGUGGCCGCUGCUAAGUCUGAAUUGCAAGAAGAAUUAAUUAUUCUGCAUAAAAGAUUAUCCAAAGAUUUGCACUUUGAGAGGACUCAACAAGUAGAUGAUAAUAAAGUGCAAGAAUUAAAAGACAACAAUGCAGUUCUUCAGAUAGAAAUUGAAAAUCUGAAGAAACAACUGCAGAUUGCUCAAGAGGAAGCUAAGCAGCAAUAUUCGUUGAAUUCGUUAAAAAUGAUGGAAUUGGACAAUCUCAGGCAUCACAUAUUAAAUUUGCAAGCUGUUAGUGAAGACAAAGCGACAAUUUCCAGGCUGGAUUUUGAGUUGGCGAAUAAAAAUUUGUUAGAGAUGGAAUUGAAUACGCGGAAAGUUAGAUUGGAGAACGAGGUGUCGUAUUUGCAGGAAGAACUUGAUAAAUCGAGGACAACUUGCGAAGGAUUGCGCACUUAUGUGCAGGAUUGUCGAAAACAAUGCGAUAAUCGUUGCAGAAUGUAUAUAGAUGUGAUAGGAUUUCUGCAAAAUCAGUACGCAGGCUCCACUUCGAUUAGCGCUUUAGAUAGAGUAAUUUCGUUAUCGAUGAAACUCAAAGACGAACGUCAGAAUAUCGAUUCGGAUAUGAAAAAAGCGAAAGAGUGCCAUGAGAAUGCUAAGCAGCAACAGGAAACAUUAACUAAUCGCUUACAAAUCGUUGAAAGUUUGAAAGAUAUACUAGAACAACAGAUUGGAAGCAACAGUGUCCAAGAUAUUAUGCAACGAUUUUCAGAAUAUUCGCAGUAUACUCUGAACGACUUUAAGUGCAAACGAAAGAUAACACAACUAGAGUACGAGAUCCAAAUAGCCAACAACAAAUUCACGGAAUACGAAUCGGUCAUAACCGAAAUGGAGCACGAGAUGAUACAGAUCCAGAAAGCAUGGAGCAAAGGUCAAGAUCAACGAUCCAAAACCAAUACGAAUGACCCAACGAGCCCAAAGUUACCAGAAAACAAGCAUGCGUCGAUUCAAGCAAUCGUAGAGACGAAACCAAGAGAAAUGCAAACAGAUCCCUACACUUGUUGCUUGGACAAGAAACAAACGAACGAUAUUGAAGUUCAGACCACUUUUUCCAAAGAAAGUGAUCCAGAAGAUGGAAAAUUUAAGGAGAAAGCAAAAGAAACGGCGAAAGAGCCAACGAAAGAAACGUCGAAAGAAAUGGAAGUCAAAGAAAAAAAGGAAGAAGCGAUUCAUUCUAAAGAAGAUACACGAUAUAAAGAAACGAUAAAAACGACGAAGGAAAUGAUAGGAGAAAAAGUAGACGUAGAACACGGAGGAAAAGCAGAGAAAGAUGCGAUAGAAAGAAAAGGUGAUCAGGAAAUGUCGUUACUUCGAGAACAAUUGGAUCAAGCUCUGAAGCUCAGCUCCGAACGUUCCUCCGCUUUAAUCAAGUACGAAUUACAGAUAGCAGAGUGUCAGGCGAAGGUGGACUCGUUGAACGAGAUAAUAAAAAGCAAAGACCUAGCACUGGCGCAGAAAGAGAGAAUAAUUGAAGAAUACAAGCUUUCGCUUCGUGUACAACGCCCUACCACUGACUGUAGUGAGAAGCUUGCUUUGAAGUCGACGAUAAACAGCUUGCAAAAGCUUGUCAGUCAAAAGGAGGAGACCAUAGGCAGAUAUCAAAACCUGUUGAAAGAAGACAGAGACGAGCAUAGUAAGGCUGCAGCUCGACUACAAGAAGAAAUCAGAAGUUUGCAGAGUCGUAUUCUAUCUAUGCAAAGCGAUACUCAAAGAAUUCAACAGAGGCAAGAUGAUAGGAGAGACGAGCCAGAGAAAUUGAUUGAAAAAGUACAAGAAGCUGAGUCGAAAAUUGAUGAUAUAAGAAAUAUCGUUAUGCAGACGGAAGAGGUUGCUAGGUUGAAAGAGAAGGUUUCUACUUUGGAGGCAGAUUUGUGUAUAACUAAGGAACUGAGCGAUCGUUGGCAUCGGUUGGCCGAGGAAAGGCUGAAUCAUGUGGAUCGUACGAGGGAAAGACUAGAAGAACAGCAUAAAAGCGAGUUAGAGAGCUAUCUCGUAGAAUUGGCAAAAUGGCAAUCAGAGGCGGACACGUUACGAAAACAAUUAUGUGAAAAUCGUAUGAUGGUCACGAAAGGAAAUAUGUCUUUGAUGAAAGAGAUGCAAGAGAAAGAUGAUAAGAUAAAUCAGCUUAGUUUUGCGUGUCAGGAGCUGCAGAACGAAGUUGAAUUAAUGGGAUCUGCUACUCGAUCACGGCAAGCGAUAACUCAUGGCGAGUCAGAGUUGAAGAUACACGAAAUUACACAGAGUCACGAUAAUUUACAGCAACAGGAUCAUACGGAUACAGUGAGGAAACAGCUGCAGUCGUUGUUGGAAAAGGAGAAAAUGUAUAAGAACGAAAUUUCUGAUUUGAAGCAACAACUUAGUCGCAGAUAUAUGGCCGUAAAGGCACAAGAAAAGAAAACCUCGCAGCGCGAAAUUCUGCUUGAACGUAAAGUAAAGUCCUUGGAAGAAGAACUCGAGAAAGCUCGAGCGCAGUUAGACAGAGAAUAUUUAGCUCAGGAAGCGAAGAAAGCCAAGACAGCGGAAGAGCUAUCGUUGUGGGAAAAGCAGAAGAAGUGGCAACAAACUGCCGAAAAGUUGAAAGAGAAGCUCAAAGAAAAAACGGAGGAACACUCGAAAUUACUCACGAACUACGAGAAACUUCGAUCGGUGGUUUCGUGUAUGGAAAGGGAAAAAUGGUAUUUAAAAAACAAAUUGAAAUCAGAAGGUCACACAGCAGCUGGAAAUCUAUCAGCUCGACCAAUAACUGUUCGACAAAAUAUAAUGGGAGAUCUUCAGAAAGAGUGCGAAACUUUACGCGAACGUGUCAAAGAAUUGUCCGACAGGUUGGAGAACGAAGAUAAUGAGAAGCUUUUGCACAAAAUCGAAGAGCAAAAAGCACGUAUUGCUGCUUUAGAGACAAUUUCUCAGGGUAACAGCUAUGUUGUUAGUCAGUUAGAGAAAUUGGAAAUGACUAAAGAUAUUUUGGAGAAAAUGAACUUAGCGUUGGAAGCCGAGAACUUUGAACUUCGACUCGAAUUGGAAAAGGCGAACGCGGACACGCCUAGGUUGAGGGAGAAGGUUGAACACUUAGAAAAAUACAUAGAGCUACUGAAAGUAGAAAAAUCGUCAGAUUCGACUCCAAGAUCGUCGGACAAAGAUUUACAAGACCACGGUACUAAACAAUCCAUCUUGAAGAUGGAAAAGACGAUCUUUACGUUGAAAAGAAUCAUCGAGAAGCUUCAAGUAGAAAACAGACGUCUCAGGCUUGGCUCAAAGACGAAUCAUAUACAUCAGGGCAAAUUGUUAAAUAGCAAAAGCGAAACAGCGUUGAAAAAUAAUUACGAGGAAGCGCAGAAGCGAAUCGUGGCGUUAGAAACAGAUUUGCAAUUGGCCGAGCGAAGGGUAGCUGCGUUCGAAAAGGUGCAAAAGGAGGAGGAUAACGGGGAGAUAAAGACAUUGAGGGAGCAAUUGUACCACAAGUCUGAACUCCUAGACAAAGUGAAACAUUUAUUAUCGAGAGCAGCCAUGAACGAGAAAUCUCUUCGACAACGUGUACAACAACUAGAAUCAAAACAGACAUUGUCUACGAUACCAGAGUGCCAUGUAAUUCCUCCUAUUCCGGAGUAAGCAACGUCUGGUCGUCCCGCCGUCAGCUUGGCACGUCACCCAUUCGACGCCGGUAAUAUACGCUCGCCGUUCGCGGCGAUAAAUAUUACAAUAUAAUAUUCCUCGGCGUGAGACGAAGGAUUCCUGACAAGCCUUGCAGGACGAAACGGAAAGCCAAGCGGCGAAGAGGUCACCGACGGAAGGGAUAUCGCGUUACUGGAGACAACGAACAACUUUGCUCGAAGGAGGCAUCCUUUUACGAUUCACCGAAUAGCUCGUGGUGCGAUUUUUUCAUUCAAAGGCGAGGAAUUAUUAAAACGCGUUUUCCCUUCGGUCACACCGAGGUAAGUCUGUGAAAUACUCGUGGAACACGUUGGUUCGAGCGUUGAGGGAAAUAGCAAAGGGCGAUGAGUUGGUUAACCCCUUCGCGCAAAAUAUGAUGCAGCGAGAAAGGCUGGAAAUAUAGAACGAUAUCUCCUUCAUUCUUUUUUCGUGUGUAUUUUUCUUUAGCGAUAAGUUCUUUUUUUCUCUUAAUGUAAUCCGUGAGCGUAUUUUUAAAUAUUGGAGAUUUCCUCGGUUUUGGAAGGUAUAUAUAAAUUGCAUCCGUUUAGAUAUUCGAUCGGAUAAACAUGUAAGGACAUUUUCUUCUUUGUUAGUUUUUGUUUUUAAUAAAAUUGAGCAACGAAUGUGUUAAGAAAUAGGAAUAUUAUAUCUUUCCCAAUUUUUUUUUUUUUUUAAUGUAACGUGUGUAUCUUUUUGUGAUUUACGGCUUUUGGAAAGUAUGAAUGGUAUUAUACUUAUCUGGAUAUUCUAUUCUUCGAGAUACUCUUCAAAAUAUUAUAGGGUAGCGCGUAAUAUAUUUUUUUACGUAAUAACUUUCUUUUAUUGUCCGUUUAUCGACACGUUGGAUCGGCGAACAAUGAAGCAGUUAGGGCUUUCACUAUCAUUUUACUCACACGGUUUUAUAUAAUAAUAGUAUAUAAUUAUGGCGGAAGCAUUCCUUAUUCGUUCAAUAUGUCUUAAAACAUACUCUGAGUGCAAGUAUGCAAGUUUUACGAGUACCAGUUUUAACUUGUAGUAGAAUAUAUUUUGUUCGAUAAGUAUGUUCACGUA